GGAAGUGGAGGGGCAGAGGAUCUGAGGCAGGCUCCGCGCUGACGGCAGAGAGCCCAAUGUGGGGCUUGAACUCACAAACCACGCGAUCAUGACCUGAACUGAAGUCGGAUGCUUAACAGACUGAGCCACCCAGGCGCCCCAGAGAGAGAAAGAAUCUUAAGCAGGCUCCACGCUCAGCGCAGAGCCCAGUGCGCGGGGCUCUGUCCCACGACCCUGGGAUCACGACCUGAGCUGAGGAUGCUCAACCAGCUGAGCCACCAGGCGCCCCCAAAUUGCCCAUUUUCUGUUUUUUUUUCCAGUUUCAUUAGCUUUUGCUUUUGUUUUCUACAUUUAGGAUUGAUUUGUCUCUUUGGAUGAAUUGGCGUUUUUAUCAUUAGAUGUCUUCUUUCUGUCUCUGGUAAUUUUUUUCUCUGAAGUCUACUUUGUCUGAUAUUAGUAUAGCUACUUCUGCUUUUCUUUGUUCAACUUUAUUGAGGUAUAAUUAACAUUAUUUCUGCUUCCUUUUGAUGAAUGUUUGCAUGAUAUAUCUCUUUUCAUACUUUUACUUUCAACCUGCCUAUAUUGCUAUAUUUGAAGUGACCUUCUUUCAGAUACCAUACACUUGGGUCCUGUGUGUAAUUUUUUUUUCCAAUUUCUGUCUUUUAAUUAGUGCAGUUAGACCAUUGACAUUCAAUGUGAGUAAUGAUAAGUUAGGUCUUAUUUUAUUUUUUCUUCUGUGUUUGUUCUGUUUCAUUUUCUGUUUUAUUUUUCCCCAUCUUCCGGUCAGUCAUGGGAACAUUUUUUAGAAUUCCAUUUUGAUUUACUUAGAGUGUUUUUGAGUGUAUCUCUUUGUAUAGCUUUUUAUUUAUUUUUUAUUUUUAUUUUUUGUUAAAUAAAGUCUACCCCCCAUGUGGGUCUCAAACUCAUGACCCUGAGAUCAAGAGUCACACACUCUGAUGACUGAGCCAGCCAGGUGCCCCUGUAUAGCUUAUUAUUAUUAGUGUUAUUAUUAAUGUUUAUUUUUGAGAGAGAGAGAAAGAGAAAGAGAGAGCAAGUGAAGGAGGGACAGAGAGAGAGGGAGACACAGAAUCCAAAGUAGGCUCCAGGCUCCGUGAUGUCAGCACAGAGCCCAACAUGGGGCUCGAACCCACAAACCAUGAGAUCAUGACCUGAGCCGCAGUCAUGACCUGAGCCACCCAGGUGCCCCUAUUUAUCCAUAUUUUUGUUUCCUGCAUCUGUUCUUUCUUUGUGAUGUUCCAAGAUUCCUUCUGUUAUCUUUCAUUUUCUGUUUAGGGGACUUCCUUUAGCCAUUCUUUUUAAGGUAGAUCUGCUCAGGACAAAUUGUAUUAGGAUUUUUUUUUUUUUCCGCCUGAGAAUGUCUUUAUUUCUCCUUCAUUCCUGAAGGAUAUUUUCAUUGUUGAUAGUUCUUUUCUUUCAGCUGAAAAAUGAUGUGCUACGUCCUAUGGCCUCUAUGGUUUCUGAUGUGAAAUCUGCCGUCAUUCAAAUUGUUUCUGUAGGGAUCUGUGUCAUUUGAGGACGUGGCUGUGGAUUUUACCCGACAGGAGUGGCACAGACUGGACCCUGCUCAGAGGACCAUGCACAAGGAUGUGAUGUUAGAGAACUACAGCAACCUGGCAUCCGUGGCUCAUGAAGAUGCACCUUCCUCCUCCUCCAUCAGAGGCCCUAGCGCUCAGACAACUUGGCCCAUGUCCUCUGCCAUUUCCCAUUAACAGGCCUCUGCGUGGCCAAACCAGAGAUGAUCUUCAAGUUGGAGCGAGGAGAAGAGCUGUGGAUAUUAGAGGAAGAAUCCUCAGGCCAAGGUUUCCCAGGAUCUCUCUCACUGCUGUGUGGCAAGAGUUCUGUCGGGGGUGGUGCCCUCAGGCAUGACAGUGACCUUCAGCGUCAGAAGAUUCAACCUGUUGAUCAAACUGUUGAGUAUAAUGAAUAUGGAAAAGUCUUCUACAAGAACACAGGCUUUGUUGGACAUAAAAGAACACACGCAGGAGUAAAAAACUUUGGAUGUCAUGAAUGUGGGAAAAGUUACUGCAGGAAAUCAAACCUUAUUGAACAUCUGAGGAUACACACAGGGGAGAGACCCUAUAAGUGUGGUGAGUGUGCAAAAACCUUCAGUGCAAGGUCAUACCUCAUUGCUCACCAGAAAACUCACACGGGGGAGAAACCCUUUGAAUGUAAUGAAUGUAGGAAGUCUUUUGGCAGGAAGUCACAACUCAUUCUACACCAGAGAACACACACAGGAGAGAGACCGUAUGCGUGUGCCGAAUGCGGGAAAACCUUUUCUGAGAAGGCAACCCUUAUGAUUCACCAGAGAACUCACACAGGGGAGAAGCCCUAUGAAUGUAGCGAAUGUGGGAAAACAUUUCGAGUCAAGAUAUCCCUUACCCAACACCAGAGAACCCACACAGGGGAGAAACCGUAUGAAUGUGGUGACUGUGGGAAAAACUUCCGUGCAAAGAAAUCCCUAAAUCAACAUCAGAGAAUUCAUACAGGUGAGAAACCCUAUAAAUGUGGUGAAUGUGGGAAGUUCUUCAGAAUGAAAAUGACUCUCAAUAAUCAUCAGAGAACUCACACAGGUGAAAAACCCUAUCAGUGUCAGGAAUGUGGGAAAUCCUUCAGGGUACACUCGUCUCUUGGGAUACAUCAGCGAAUUCACACAGGAGAGAAACCUUACGAAUGUAGCAAAUGUGGCAAUGCCUUCUAUGUUAAAGCACGCCUCAUUGAACAUCAGAGAAUGCAUUCAGGAGAGAAACCCUAUGAAUGCAGCGAAUGUGGAAAAAUCUUCAGUAUGAAGAAAUCCCUUUGUCAACACCAGAGAACUCACACGGGAGAGAAGCCCUAUGAAUGCAGCGAGUGCGGAAAUGCCUUCUACGUGAAAAUACGCCUCAUUGAACAUCAGCGGAUUCACACGGGAGAGAGACCCUUUGAAUGUCAAGAAUGUGGCAAGGCCUUCUGCCGGAAAGCGCACCUCACGGAACAUCAGAGAACUCACGUGGGCCGGCCCUUGCCUUUUACUGUGGAGAAAGCUUCUUUGUGAAGACUCCCAUCACCCUCUGACCAAGCCCUCUGGGUCCUCUGGUCACCGGCACACAGAGCACACCUGUAACAAUUAGGCUGGGACACUGGUGUGAAAAUACGUCCUGAUUCCUGUUAGGGGAUAGCUCGUUGUUUUCGUUUCAUUUGGAUUCCCCUCAUUAAUGGUGAGGUUGAAUAACUUCUUACCUGUUGACUGGCCGUUAGGGUUCUUUUCUUCUGUGCUUUGACUGUUGUGUAUCCUUUCCCCAUUGUUUUCUGAUGGGCUGCUUAUCUUUUACAUCUUGGCUUUACAUGUUCUUGUUUUCGUUUUUCAAUAUAUGAGAAUGUACAAACCUUUUUUCAGUCAUGUGUAUGGCAGAUAUCUUCUCCUGGACUGUGGCUGGUUAUUUAAUGUUGCUAACUCUUCCGUUGAGGUUUUAUGUUCGAAUGUUAUCAGUUUCAAGGUGAUCACAAUUCUCCUACAUUUUUCCUCUAAAGUUAAGGUUUUCCUUUCAACAUUUAGAAUGUUAAUCUCCCCUGAGGUUUUGUGUGUGU